AUGGCUGAGGAUCAGACUGCAAAAAUAGACUCCUAUAUGAAAACUCUGUUUGAUGCCGCCGUAAUAAUUAGGAAAUCUAUCACCAAAUGUAGGAAGUGGAAGUUCACAGGUUCACUGGAAAACCUGCCUGAUGAGAAUGUACCAGCAGCGCUUUUUAGUUUUUAUAGAUGGAUUAUACAAGGCACAAAACAUGAGCUUUCUGCUGGAAAGAAAUCUGAGGAAGUGUACAAUCGUGCAAUGGCUCUAUCCCAGACCACUGUAUCGAUGUGUUUAACUGAGAGGCAAGUCAAAAAUAAGAAGUCCGAUGUCGUACGAUCCUCGUUGGAAAUGCCGCUGCAGUUAGCCGUUGGGAUAGCUGUACACCAGGCCGUGGGAAACAAGCAGCUCAUACCCAUGCUACAUGGAUUUGGAAUGUCAUUGGACUACAACAGGAUCUUGAGAGUAGAGGCCCAAAUCGAAGCUAGCGUUCUAAGGCGCAUGGAGCUGAUUGAUGGUCUAUAUAUACCCCCUGAUUUAGUUUUGGGUAGGCACGUCUUUUUUGCGGUCGAUAAUGUGGAUUUCGCAGAGGACACUCCUGGUGGCAAGAAUACCUUCCACGGCACAGCGAUGGCAAUCUAGCAAAGGCAGGAACCAGGCGAUGUAGCACCAGAGCUGACCGUGGAUCCCGGAGAUCAGUGUCGUCGCUCAAUCAGACAGCUUCCCGAGUCUGUGACAACCUUGCUAGAAUGUCCUGUGCCCCCCGGAAAGCCUGUUGGUCCCACCUUCCCCCAGUUUGGAUUGUGUACCGAAGACAAACUUCCAUUGUACAUCAAGAAGCACGAUUUCACAUGGCUUCUCGGACGCAGUUUGACCAGAACGAUCACCAAAAGAGAAGUUGAAGAAGAUCAGCCCCCUAGUACCGACAUCCCAGUAUGGUCUGGCAAUAACUCCACUUUGAGUAGUUCCAUGCCGUUGACACGAGUUGGCACCUCUCCCCUGAUCUCUGCACCAGCACCCGAGUGGCAGACUGCUUACCAUUUUGAUGCAAACACAGAGUAUUAA